AUGUUUUGGUGUUCUCAUGAGCAGGAUGAGAUGGUGAAAGUUAUCUACAAGAUUGCUGACAAUGAUGAAAGUCAUGACCCUGACACAGAGGAGGAAGACGCUGAGACGCGCCUAGAAGCACAACACACAGGAGGAGACACUGCAUGGAGCAGGUGGUACAGACUGAUUGCAGUGUGUCUGGUGAUGCUGUGUUUACUGCUGACUGCCGUCAUAGUGCUGUGGAUCAAUUACCACAUCCUGAAGGAGUCACAGACCAGUAAGUGCAACCUGACUAAAGAGAGAGACCAGUUACAGACCUGUAACAACAACCUGACUACAGAGAGAGACCAGUCACAGACCUGUAUUUGUAACCUGACUAUAGUGAGAGACCAGUUACAGAGGAAGAUAGCUGAACUCCAGAAGUUUUUAAAUCUGGGAUGGAAUUAUUUCAACUCCAGUGUUUACAUCGUCAUUAAUGAGCUGAAGACCUGGACUGAGAGCAGAAAGAGCUGCACAGAGAGAGGAGCAGACCUGGUGAUCAUAAACAGCAAAGAGGAACAGGAAUUCGUCACUAAACUGCGGGGUGCUGGAGGACAAGCUUGGAUUGGUCUGAGUGGCAGCGUCAGAGAGAACAAGUGGAAGUGGGUGGACGAUACAACACUGAUCACUGGGUUCUGGUACAGUGAAGAACCAAACAGUGCUGCAGGAGAAGAUCGUUGUGUUAUAACUGGUAAAACAUCUGAUUCUGUGAAGGACUGGGGUGUUUAUUCCUGUAGUGAUCAGUAUAAAUAUAUCUGUGAGAAGAAAAUCUUUAACUGA